AUGAGGCAAUUGGGGACGCGGCUUCAUGGCCUCGUCCUCAUCGCGCCCUUGCUCGGCGCAACGCUGCUCCUGCAGGGUUGUGAAGAAGACCAGGAGGAAGAGCCGCAGCAAUCACCGCCAGCGCACAAGGAUGCUCACAAGGUGGAAAACCUGGCAGCAAGCGAAGAUAGCAGUGGGAAGCAAGGUGCAAUGGACAGGGUGCCCAUCGUAGAGCGACAUCAGCAAGAUGCCCACGACCGCGCUUUUUCGUUCGGCGGGCCUGACCAAAGUCCUUCAGGACCCUCCUCGAAGCUGGUUCUGAUCAACGCCAGCAACGUCAGGGGAGACUCCAUGCCUGGUCAAGGUGACCGGCUGCUAGAUCAUGAGCGCGCCUUCGAGCGAGCCCUCAUGUCGGGCUCGGGAGCGGCCAGACAGGUGCACAUGCUGAAUGCCGAGCAACUCCUCCAAGACUACUACGCACACACAUCUACCACUUCCACGACCAGCACCACCACCACAACCACCACCACCACGACAACAACAGCCACCCGUGCCACGAAAAAGUACUACAUGAAAUCUGCGGAGUCUGCCUCCAGUUCCACCACCAAGAAACCCACCACAACGACAGCUGCAACAACUACCACAACCCAGACACCGGGCGUCUUCCUUCCCGAAGCACCUGCGAACAAGGUCGGCGAAAGCAGCCCCACCAACGCGACCCACGCGAACAUGACGGAGCCCGUGCUGGUGGCCGAAGAGCUGGCGCUCGAGAGGUCCAAAAAAUUGGCGCCUCAGGAGUCAAGGAAGAAGGUGCUCCAGGAGGCAAACAGUGUUAGUCCGUCGGCUGCAACCUUCUCGGCACCAGCUUCUGCAGGAGCAGGCGCUCAGCCCAACGCCGCUGACGACAGCGAGACGACCUCUUCCACGGAAAGAAGCACCACCGAGAGCACGGCAACAGAGAGCGCGGCAGCAGAGAGCACUGCAACAGAGAGCACUACCACAGAGAGCACUGCCACAGAGAGCACUGCAACGGAGAGCACCACAACGAAGACAACCACCGCUGAGACCCCUACCAACACAUCUGCCAGUACCAGCAGCAAGGCAGAGACACAGGACUCAGAGGAUGAGGAGGAGGAGGCGCUGCGCGCAGAAGACCGAGCAGAAAAAGAGGCCAUCGCCAAAGAGAAAGCGAUGCUGGCGGCAGCAAAGAAAGGAGGCAAGCCGGAGAACUCUGCAGGCAGCGACGAGGACGAGGACUUUGAGGACUCCGGCACCGUCGCGUCCUCGCCCAAGCCGUCCGAGGCUGCUGACCUCCUUCAGCUGGAAGAUGGCGACUUGCCUGGCGACAAGGACGCGACCGACAUUCACAGAGACCAGAGCGUCAUGCAGCAGCUGGAGGAGGGCGAGUCUGCUGAGGAAUCUGAGGAAGACGAUCAGACACAGCCGAUACAGGCGACCCGAGCCGACCGAUUGCAGCGGGACCGAACGGCCAUGCUGGAGCUGCAGUUGCAUCAAGAUCAGCAGCUGGACGAGCUGCGGAGGCAGCUGCAGAGGCACCAGGAUGAGGAGCUGGAGCGUUUUCGCCAGCAGCAGCAGAAGGAGCUUGAAGUGCUCAGGCUGGAUGCUUUGCAGUCAUUGAAUGCAGAGCCUGCAUCGCCGAGCAUGAAUCUAGAGCAUCCCCAUGCAAGGCACAAGCACGGCUCCCGGAAGAUGGGGCACUGGCUACAGGAGAUUGCCGAAGGCUCCAAGAUGUGA